AUGGACUUGUUCCGCGUCAGACUGAACUGCAUCGACAGUUACCAGGCGACGCCCACUAUACACGACCCGCAGCUUCGCAAUGACAUACGACCUUCACAAGCGGCCAGAGGGCCCAAAGUUCCCAUCAUUCGAAUUUUUGGGUCAACGGAGACGGGCCAAAAAGUGUGUGCGCAUGUUCAUGGAGCCUUUCCUUAUUUGUUUGUCGAAUAUGAAGGUGGCCUUUCUCAAGAUGAGGUCGGAUCCUUCAUUUACCGACUGCAUCUCUCUAUCGAUCAUGCUCUAUCCGUGAGUUUUCGACGAGACGAGCAAGGCCUCAAUUCGAGAUUCGUCGCGCGCAUCACCCUUGUCAAGGGUGUACCGUUCUAUGGCUACCAUGUCGGGUAUCGCUUCUUCCUCAAGAUUUACAUGUUCAACCCUAUGGUGAUGACGCGCUUGGCUGACUUGCUUCAACAAGGCGCUAUUUUGAAACAGAAAUUCCAGCCUUAUGAAGCCCAUUUGCAAUACCUUUCUCAAUUUAUGAUUGACUACAAUUUGUUCGGUUGCGACUAUAUGGAUGCAGCCCAGGCAGCGUUUCGUGCACCAGUGCCAGCCCACAAUGUCGGCUCAAAUUCGUCGCAUCUCUGGCAUGACUUGUCUAUACCUCAAGGUCGCAUCACGGAUGAUCAUUCGCUACCCCGUGUUAGUCGCUGUUCCAUCGAAGUGGAUAUUUGCGUGCAGGACAUAACAAACCGGAUGCUGGUACAAGAGCGGCAACUUCACCAUCGCUUUGUUGAGCUCAAAGAGCCGCUACCCAAUGAUAUGAAGCUUGUACAUAGCAUGGCAGGGCUAUGGAAAGAUGAAACGGCACGGCGACGGCGGCGCAUGCCUCGGCUCAAACCCGGCAGCACACCAUUUCCACCCGAAGCUCUGGUACCGAUGUCGGCGGAGCCGCGAGCCUCAUUGUCGCAAAGUUGGCUCCACGAGGACGAUUACAGGCUGAAAGUUGAAGAACUUGCUGCUGCAGAUCGCAAAGAGAUUGGCUCUGCUACACCUUCAUUUGAGGAAUUUGUACAACCGGCUCCAUUCGAAGCGACUGUCAAGACUGUCUUACAAUCAGUGGAGGAUCUGCAUCCUUCCAGCCUUAUGCCGGCACUUGGUCUUCCAUCAGCAGCUUCAGUAGGCAAGACUGACCCGGCCAGCAGUAUUGAAGUUGAUGAACAGAAAGUGCGGCAAGCAGACGAUGUCGACGAGUCGUUUUAUUUUCAAGAAUCUGAUGACGAAGCUUUGCAUCAGUUGGUAGAGGGGAAUGAGCAGGAUUCGGAUUCGGAAGCAAUUCAUAUGAAUUCGGCAAUUACAAGGGGAAAGUCAUUGCAAGAGUCGAUACCAGGGAUAUGUGUGAGCGGCUGCAGGACGGGUCGCCCGCCUGUCAUGGCCGUGUCAGCCACCAUUAUAAACGCUGCUGAGAAUGGCGGAUUCAUCGGGCGGUCUAGAUACCACAACUUGCCGCCAACUCGAAAGAAAGAGCUGAAGCGUGCCGGCUCCGGGCUCUGGUCUGACAUGAUCUCGAAGAAGGCCAAAAAAGACGACGUGACACCGCCAAAGAUGAAGGUAGAGCAAGGCACACAAGAACGAAGAGCCACUUUUCAUCCGUCAUCUUCGCCAGUGCCGAAACAUUCACAGGAAACAACUGCACCCAAAUCCACACUCAAUUUCGCGAUUGUCAAGAAUCAGAAUGACCCUGAUACGAGACUGCGCCUAAGCCAAAGAAGCAAGCCAUCGGCUUCGCAAACAAGCGACGGCGGUCUACCUGAAAAGCGCCGGUCAGAGACGUUGCUUACUUUCACUCCAUCUGGCAAUCACGGGUUUGCAUUUCCAUCCUCGCAACCAUUUUCAUCGUCACAUGCUAGCCUACUCGCUUCUACGAGCAGCAAUGAAGCGGGCAAGAUUCCACAAGCUAUAGCUGAGACGUCGUCACGUCCAACUAUCAUAUUCUCAACGCUUCCGCCACCACCAAAAGACGCAGACUCUCUUGCACAGUUUCAUUUGCCUGAUCAGCUUUACCAGAACCCAUUCUACAGCAAUGAAAAGGAUGUUCCUCCUAGGAGCAGAGAGUACGCGGGCCGUGAGUUUCGUUUGAUUGGCAAUACGCUACCGUUUUUGCCUGCUUUCGAUUUUGGACAUGACAGCAAUGAAGCUCUAGAAGUGACGUCAAUGUCCUCUGAUUUGGUACUGCAGAGACAAAGAAGGAAUUGCACUUUGCGAUCAUGGGAGAUUGGUCAUCCACCUCCCACAAAUCACGAGGUCCAGCACUGGCUCGAUGAGAAAGAGAAGACUGCAAACUCAGCAACCUUUCUCCAGCGUCGCAGCAAACUACUGUCUCAGAUUGACGGUCCCACGCCAAAGAAUAAGCAUGGUUACAAGUACACGCAACAGCGCAAGUCCACCAGCGUUCAGCACGAAGUGCAAUACAUGAGCACCAUGAGCCUCGAAGUUCAUGUAAACACGCGAGCGAAGUUGGUACCGAAUCCUGAAGAAGACGAGGUGCAAUGCAUCUUUUGGUGCUGCAAAGGCGACGAAGUCACAUAUGCCUCGCAAGAUGACGGCGACGGUACCAUUUCGGGCCUUAUUGUACUGGCUUCAGGCGGUGAUGCGGCAAAACGCAUGCGCAAAAGCUGCAAAACUGAAGUCAUCGAAGAGAAAACCGAGCUGGAUCUCCUCGUGCGCCUCGUCGACGUGGUGAAGGAACUGGAUCCUGAUGUUCUCACGGGAUAUGAAGUUCAUGGCGGCUCUUGGGGCUUCUUGAUGGAGAGGGCACGACUCAAAUAUGACUAUAAUCUGUGCGAUGAGCUCUCCAGAGUCAAUGCCCAAUCGCAUGGAAGAUUCGGCAAACAGAGUGAUCGUUGGGGUUUCAACACCACGUCGACAAUCCGAGUGACUGGUCGCCACAUGAUCAAUAUCUGGCGAGCUAUGCGCGGAGAGCUUAAUCUGCUGCAGUAUACCAUGGAGAAUGUUGCUUGGCAUCUACUUCACCGGCGCGUGCCUCAUUACUCUUACAAGACGCUGACGGCGUGGUAUAAAAGCGGCAAACCCCACGACCUAUCGAAGCUGCUUCGUUAUUUGCAAAGCCGCACCAAGAUCGAUUUACAAAUUCUUGAGGCGAAUGAACUCAUUCCAAGGACCAGCGAGCAAGCCAGACUUCUCGGCGUGGACUUUUUCUCUGUCUUUUCCCGCGGCUCGCAGUUCAAAGUCGAGUCCAUCAUGUUUCGCAUCGCCAAGCCGGAGAAUUUUCUGCUGAUUUCGCCGAGCAAGAAGCAAGUCGGCAGCCAAAACGCGCUGGAAUGCCUACCACUUGUCAUGGAGCCACAGAGUGCAUUUUAUAGCAGCCCACUGCUUGUGCUGGAUUUCCAAAGUCUUUACCCAAGCGUCAUGAUUGCCUACAAUUAUUGCUACUCAACCUUUUUGGGCCGCAUCGUCAAUUGGUGCGGAACAAACAAGAUGGGCUUUGCAGAGUACAAGCGACAAGCUGGGCUCAUGGCGUUGCUGAAAGAUCACAUCAACAUUGCGCCAAAUGGCAUGAUGUUUGUCAAGGCCGAGAUUCGCAAAUCUUUGCUGGCCAAGAUGUUGACUGAGAUUCUGGAGACGCGAGUCAUGGUCAAGAGCGGUAUGAAGGAGGACAAGGACGAUAAAAUGCUACAGCAGUUACUCAACAACAGACAACUGGCCUUGAAGCUGCUGGCCAACGUUACCUAUGGAUACACCUCGGCCUCCUUUUCCGGCCGCAUGCCGUGCUCUGAAAUCGCAGACAGCAUCGUGCAAACAGCGCGAGAGACGCUCGAGCGAUCCAUUGCCUACAUACACACGGUCGAGAAAUGGGGCGCCGAGGUCGUAUACGGGGACACGGACAGCCUCUUCAUCUACCUCAAGGGCCGCACCAAAGACCAAGCCUUCGACAUUGGCAACGAGAUUGCGCAGGAGAUUUCCAAGAUGAACCCGCGCCCGAUGAAGCUCAAAUUCGAAAAAGUAUACCUCCCGUGCGUGCUGCAGACCAAGAAGCGCUACGUGGGCUACAUGUACGAGACCAAGGACCAAGUCCACCCCGUAUUCGACGCCAAGGGCAUCGAGACGGUCCGUCGCGACGGCACGCCCGCCGAGCAAAAGAUUGAGGAAAAGGCGCUCCGGCUGCUCUUUGAGACGGCCGACCUCAGCCAGAUUAAAGCCUACUUUCAAGCGCAGUGCGCCAAGAUUAUGCGCGGCACCGUCAGCGUCCAGGAUUUUUGCUUUGCGCGCGAGGUGCGUCUCGGCAGCUACUCGGACAAAGGGCCGCCGCCGGCCGGCGCGCUCAUCAGCACGCGCAAGAUGCUCGAGGACGCCCGCGCCGAGCCGCAGUACGGCGAGCGCGUCCCGUACGUGGUGAUUUCGGGCGCGCCCGGCGCGCGCCUCAUUGAUCGCUGCGUCGCGCCCGAGGAGCUCCUCGCCAACCCGCACUGGCAUCUCGACGCCGAGUACUACAUUAGCAAGAACCUGAUCCCGCCGCUCGAGCGCAUCUUUAGCCUCGUCGGCGCAAACGUCCGCCAGUGGUACGACGAGAUGCCCAAGGUCCAGCGCAUCUACCAGACGGCGCCGCCCGGCGCCGCUGGCGGCUCCAAGCGCUCGACGCUGGAAUCGUACAUGAAGUCGACGCACUGUCUCGUCUGCGGCGUCAAGUUUCUUCGAGAAGCAUCUGCGGCAGCGGCAGCAGCAGCAGCAGUGCACACCACGACGCUGUGUCCGCGCUGUCGCGGGCCGGGCGCGCGGUCGUCGCUGCUCGCGCUGCAGACGCGGCUCGCGGCCGAGGAGACUAGGUAUCAGGAGCUGCUCGCCGUGUGUCGCGGAUGCAUGGGCGUGGCGCCGCUCGACGACGUGCCGUGCGACAGCAAGGACUGUCCCGUGUUUUGGACGCGCGUGCGGCAGCGCGGCAAGGUGGUGGGCGAGCGUGCCAAUGCGCUGCCGGUAAUGGGCAGCUUGGCGGAGGCGCUGAGGGUGAGGGAUAUGGAGUGGUAA